UUCCUACUGAGACAAGACCAAAAAUAUCUUUUUAAAAAAACAAACAAGACAUUAGAAAGUAAACCUGCCUCUUGAUACAGACCUGCUUCAGCAGUUGAGGUACAUAAAAGUCAUGGUCAGUAUUUGAGGAAAUACGGUGGUCACAGUUCAUUGAAAACCCAUGAGCACACAGGCCUGCUGCUUGGCAUGCUUGUGUCAUGGAAGAUGCAGAUUCUGAGCUUUUAGUGCACUUCAGAAUAAAACUCUUACAGCAUUGAUGUCCUCUUAGGUCAUUUGUCACCAGUUGAGAACUAUAUCCCUGCACCGUUUCUGCCAAGAAAAAGUCUGUGAUGGAUGUAUAUGAAUGAAAUUGUUCUAUUUAAAGAAAAAAUAUGUAGAUUUAGCACUUCCAAUCACUGUCCCAGCACUUAGCUUAGUCAUUCAUGGAAAUGGAAUCGAGUAAAACACAGUAGUGUUUAAAGUGCUGUGGAAAAAUUUAACAAUCACAGUGCAAAAGCUAAUUUAAAAAGGCCACUAAAAGUCAAAUAAACUAACUUCUCUUACAGCUGUUAUAGAGACAGUGCUGAUUACAGCUGUUGUUUGUUUAUGUUUGGUCUCCAGAGGUCUUGACCACCAUUGAGGAAGGCGAUGUGGAUGAAAUGACGAAGAGGAGGGUGCACGAGGGAAAGGAGAAGCCUGGAGCUCUCUGGCACAUCUAUGCUGCCAAGGACGCAGAGAAAAUCAGGGAGCUGCUUCGCAAGGUGGGAGAAGAACAAGGUCAAGAGAACCCGCCAGAUCACGACCCGAUUCAUGACCAGAGCUGGUACCUGGACCAGGUGCUCCGCCGCAGGCUCUACGAAGAAUAUGGCGUCCAGGGUUGGGCCAUUGUACAGUUCUUAGGAGAUGCUGUAUUUAUCCCUGCUGGAGCUCCCCACCAGGUGCACAACCUGUACAGCUGUAUCAAGGUGGCGGAGGACUUUGUGUCUCCCGAGCAUGUGAGGCACUGUUUCAGGCUGACCCAGGAGUUCAGACACCUGUCCACUACUCACACAAACCAUGAAGAUAAACUCCAGGUGAAGAACAUCAUCUAUCACGCAGUGAAGGACGCCAUUGGGACGCUGAAGGCCCACGAAUCCAAACUAACGCGCCCUUACUCGUCUCCUCAAACCGCUGGCCUCUGAAGACCACUCCACUACAUGCACACAGCGCAUACAUUUCAUACCUACAUAAACAAGUACCAGCUGCACAGCGCAGAGUACAGAGAUAGUGUAGGUUGUUUUGGGGGCAGUGAAGGUUUGUGUGGGAAGACUGUACAUUUGAUUGGAUGGGGAGGGAUGAAUCAGCGCUUCGAUGAAGGAAGUCCUUUAUCGCUGUUACACAGUACGCUCAAACUUGUCUAGUUGUUUUCCUUUUUUUUUUUUU